GACCUAAACUAGAUCUUUCUUAAAAAAAAAAUAAAUAAUUUUUUAGAAUGGAGAUAGGCCUACCAAUCUAGUAAUACUGUUUGUAUAGAUCUAAUAUUAUUGAUUCUAAAUAAGCAUCAGCUAGGAGUCAUUUCCACACAAGUGUCACAAGUGACAAGGGCGGUAAAAAAAAAAUGAGUGUUGAAUAUUUUCCUGGAUUGGAAGAAGAGGCCAACAAGACAGGAGAAAUAUUGAUAGAUGGCGCCUCCAUCAUUAGCUUCCCUAUAUUUAAAGAAGAUUCUAAAUUUAGUAUGGGUGAUAUCAGCAAAAUGUCAGUUAUGGAUUACGGGGACGAGUGUUUCCUACUGAAUAGUGUUCUUACACUCCAAGAAUGCAAACAAUUUAUUGAUGAUGGUGAAGCCCUGGGAUUCAAUGACAUUCUUUAUUCUCAUAAAGAUUACAGAAGCUGCCAAAGACUCUCAUUCCAGAGCACAGAACUAGCCACUCAUCUCUGGCAGCGUAUUCAGGGUCACCUAAAGUCUGUAGUUAUUGACCAGGAUCCACAUAAUCUUCAUAUUGAAGGAGCUCCAUUGUUAAUGCAAGGAACUUGGGUUCCCAAAGGUUUAAAUAAUAUUUUCAGACUAGCUCGUUAUAAACCAGGUGGUCAUUUUGCUCCACAUAACGAUGGCUACUUUGUCCAGUCAGCCAGUGUAAGGUCACUCCAGACUUUCAUGGUCUAUCUCAAUAGUAAUUUUAGCGGAGGGAGUACUAAUUUCAUUGACCCAUCACAGAAGUUAUAUAAGGGUUCUGAUGGAAAAUAUUGUGCUGAAGAGAAAAAUAUUUUAUGUCGAAUUCAACCAGAAGAAGGUCAAGCAAUCAUUUUUAAUCACAAUCGUUUGCAUGAAGGAGAAAAACUAAAUGAAGGCCAAAAAUAUAUUUUGCGUACAGACAUAAUGUAUGAGAAUGUCACUCCUCCACACUUAUCCACCAAUCAAAAUGAAGCUGUGUUGCUGCUACAGGAAGCUGAUAGACUCGAGGCUGCUGGUCAAUGUAUGGAGGCCAUGGAACUCUUUAGAAAAGCUUACAAGCUUUGUCCAGAGCUGGAACAGUAUUCAACAUCUUGACAUUGAGCAGGAGUUGAACAAGAAUGCUGGGAAUCAGUUCAGGGGAAACAACUUUCCUUCUUCUGCAUUUCUAAAAUGGAAACAACUAAUAAUGUCACAGCAGUACAAUCAUUUUUUUUUAGUUCUUGUAAGAGUGUAAGGAAACUUGUGUUUGCACACUUACAUCAUUAUAUUCCAUUAUAUUUCAACUUGAUUCAAAAUGUUUGAAUUUAUCAAAUAGAGACCUGAGAUUGUGCCUAAUGAAAACAAUGACACAUAACUAAGGUUGUGUUGUCUCAUAUCUCUAUUAUGAUAAAAUCAACAAUAUUUUGACACCUAAAUAUGUUUACAAUGACGUUUCCAGAUUUAUCAACUACUUGGUUAGUUAGUAAGAGUUACAUUUUUUAAAGUAAAUCCCUAGAGUACCACUUAGUAAUGGAGGCAAGUGCUUGAAAAAUCACCUUAUCCCUUAAGUCUGUUAAACUUUUGGGGCUUCACAAAAGAUCUUUUGACCAUCUUUCUCCAUUCCUAUGUCUUUUACCUUGGGUAGAAUUUCAUUCAAUGACAGGCUUGUCCAUUCUUUUACGUUGUCUUCACAUUGCUUUCUCUGUCUACCUCUUUAUCUUUUUCCUGGUACUGUUCCCUGAAGGAAGGUCUUUUGCUAACCCUGAGGACCUUGUGAAGUAUCCAUAGAGUUUAAGUUUGCAUUUUUUUUUACAGUGGUUAGCAAGUCAUCAUGGGAUCCAAUGGCUGUAUUCUGUUUCAUAGCUCUUCAUUUGGGAACAGGUUGAAAGAUCCCCCCCCCCCCCCCAAAAAAAAAAUAUAUUUUCUAAUACAAUUCUAAUGUAAAUGUAAUGUGCUGCCACAUAACAAAACAAUAUUUAGUGAUUUUUCUUUUUAACACUUGACUGUGAAAUGAUUGAAAUGAUGGUCAUUGAUGUAUUGUUGACUGUCAUUGAUGUAUUGUAGAUUGUCAUUGCAGACAGGAAAUGUACAACAAAAUGUUAUUGAUCAGUUGAAAUGUCUUCUGCGUGUUUACAUCUGUGUUAUUUUGUUGAAUAUGUUUCUUCAACCAGUUAUGACAAAGCUUAGGAAUGGUCCAUAACACCAUGAUUAAAUAGCAUGCAACAUUUAUACAUUCCAUGAAUAUCUAUCUGUUUUAAAAAUGUGAUACAACUAUAAUUUGUUUUACAAAUUGUACAAAUAUUUGUUCAAUCUUUACAACUUUUGUAAAUAAAUGUAUUUUGUCCAUAUAACAAAUUUAAAAAAAAGUUUCAUUAUUAGAAAUAAACCCACAUCUCUUUUUAUGUUCUAAUAAGU